UGAGAAAGAAAACAUGGCGGAAAGUUAAGCGCAAACUCUGUAUUUUUUUUCUUUUGAAAUCAUGUCUUUUUUCAAGAAGAUGGUAAUUCCUGGCGUAAAGCGUUCUAAUUCAGAGUCUGGCACCUUUGUCMCAGCAAAGAGAGCUGUUUCUCGUUCAGUGUCUGUGACCAAUGGCGCGAAAACAAAUGGCCAUCACCACGUACAACAACCUAAAAACAACCUCGCACAAGAAAGGCUAAAACUUCCUAUUUACACCGCAAGGAGAGCUUUAAUAACCGAAAUACGAAACAAUGAUAAUGUCGUAGUCGUUGGAGAAACGGGCAGUGGAAAAACAACWCAAAUACCUCAGUAUUUAUACGAAGCAAAACUCGCUAGACAUGGAAUGAUAUGUUGUACUCAGCCGAGACGAGUCGCUGCUAUUAGUAUUGCUCAGAGAGUUGCUAAAGAAAUGGGUGUCCAAGUUGGAGAAGAGGUUGGCUAUAAUGUUAGGUUUCAAGACGUUACUUCAGCUAAAACUAGAGUAAAGUAUAUGACUGAUGGUAUGCUGCUUAGAGAGUCAAUAGGAGACCCUUUAUUAAAGAAGUAUUCUGUGGUUAUAUUAGAUGAAGCACAUGAAAGGACUGUCCAUACUGAUGUACUGUUUGGAAUUGUUAAGAAUGCACAGAAGAAAAGGAAAGAGCAAGAAAUGUAUCCCCUGAAGAUUGUGGUGAUGUCUGCAACUCUGGAAGCUGAGCAUUUUUCAUGCUAUUUUAGUAAUGCRAAGGUGUUGUACAUCGAAGGGAGGCAGCAUCCUGUAGCUGUUAUGUACACUGUAGGGCCACAACUGGAYUAUAUUCAUGCUGCUCUUGUGUCGAUAAUGCAGUUGCAUCAGGAACAACCACCAGGAGGAGACAUAUUAGUGUUUCUAACAGGACAAGAUGAAAUCGAAUCGCUGGCAAAACUAGUGGCUGACUGCGCACAACACUGCCCACCAGAUUGCCCCAAGUUAGUGGUGUGCCCUAUGUUUGCAGCACUGCCAUCGGGUCAACAAAUGAAAGUGUUUCAACCAGCUAUGCCUUGGACUCGUAAGGUUAUUCUAUCUACUAACAUUGCUGAGACAUCUAUUACGAUACCAGGAGUUAAGUAUGUCAUUGAUACAGGAUACGUGAAAGCUAAAGGUUUCCAUCCAAAGACAGGACUAGACAUGCUCAAAGUCCAGCCAGYCUCCAAGGCACAAGCGCGUCAAAGACUGGGCCGUGCUGGGAGAGAAUCCAGUGGCUUUUGUUAUCGCUUGUACACCGAAGAACAAUUCGAGGAACUUCAAGAAAUGACGAUACCUGAAAUCCAGAGAUGUAGCCUCUCUUCUGUUGUGCUGCAGCUGAUUGCUCUGGGAAUAAAUGAUAUUCUGAAAUUUGAUUUUAUGGAMAAGCCUACUGACGGAGCUAUCGAAAAGGCGUUGAAUGAGCUUGAAAUACUUGAAGCGGUAGAGAAAAGAGACGGACAAUAUAAGCUUACUCAUGUUGGAUAUAAAAUGGCAGCAUUUCCCCUUGAACCCAAGCUAUCCAAAGUCAUUUUAGAAUCAGAAAACCUCAACUGUACAGAAGAGAUCCUUACUAUUGUAGCACUUCUCUCAGCGGAUGCAAUCACAUAUACACCCCACAAUCAACGAGACCGAGCGAACGCAGUGCGGAAAAAGUUCCUUUCCUCUGAAGGCGAUCAAGUUACCCUGCUUAACAUCUACCGGGCUUACAAAUCAUCCGGGAUGAAUAAAAACUGGUGUUAUGAUCAUUUCAUCAACAUGAAAGUCAUGAAGAUGGUCAUUGAUGUUCGCAAGCAGCUGAAAGAGAUUUGUACACGUUUGGAUAUCAAGAUACAAUCAUGUGGUAAAGACACUGGUUGUAUUCGGCAGUGUUUAGCACGUGGUUUGUUCAUGAAUUCAGCAGAACUGCAGCUUGAUGGUACGUAUCGGACUGUCACUCAUCAUGAGGUGGUAGGGAUCCAUCCAUCAUCUUCGCUGUUCAUGACUAAAGCUCCAUAUGUCGUCUACAAUGAACUCAUUCAUACGUCCAAGUGCUACAUGAGGGAUGUGUCUGUGGUCUCACAUGAUUGGCUGCUUGAGGCGGCGCCGAAGUUUUUCCAAGAACACCGAAUCAAACCACCACCUACAGCUAUCACAUCGUAACCAUGGUAAUAAACUGGUACCAUAACGACUUAAUUGAUUGACUGGUUGAGGCGGCGCCGAAGUUUUUCCAGGAACACCGAAUAAAACCACCAUCUUCGGUUAUCACAUCGUAACCAUGGCAAUAAACCGUUACCGUAGUGACUGAAUUCUGGUACAGGAGCCACAGUUUUCAAGUUGACAUUUUUUUGAAAUCAGUGUAUUGUAACCAUGGAGAUAUGAUUCCACUAAAUACA